CUCCAGUAAGGGAUAUGUAGACUUUUAUUCGCAAAAAUAAAGAAUAAGAACAAAUUUAUAAUAAUGGAAUAAAAAUAUGUUUAUAUAAAAACUAAAAAUUUAUAAAUAAAUAAGUACAUAAAUAGAUAUAUAAAUAUAUAAAUAUAAAAUUUUAUAAAUAAAUGAACAGAUAAAUAAAUAUCUAUCGGCGAUUUACCUACUGAUUUGGCCUGAGCACAGACAAAGUACAGAAUAAACGUGACAUGUAGUGCUUUUUCGUGCCUCAUGUUUUGAGGCUCAUCUGACCCUUUUACCAUUUUCGUGCCACAUACGACGUUAUCGAUUCAGUACAUAGUGCCGGUUUGAAUUAAAACUAAAUAAAGUUUAUAUAUAUGAAAAUAAUAAAUAAAAUAUAGAAUGAGAUAUCCUGUAAUCGCAAUAAAGUAUAGAAUCCUAUACCACUAUAAUACUUUAGAAAGUAUUGCACACUGUCAAAAUAAUGAAUUACUUAAAUGAUUCGUUUAAUUAGUUUCAAAACGUAAAGCUGUAAUUUCAUGUAUCUGACACAUAAAAAUGUGAAUUUUUUAAUCUUUUCUAUUUUCAUCUUUCUAUUCUCAAAUCAAUUAUUAAUUAUAUAUUACCAAACAUAGGUAGUCUGACUCACAAACUCACAAAGAACCAAUAAAAAAAGCAAAAAGGUCGCCAAAAUCAUGCUUCUGUAGAAAAAUACCAAUCAAAUACAUCGAUCUUCACAAAUAUGCUAAAACUAAACAAACGAUGUGAUUUCAAAUUAAAACUUGACAAUAACGCUUAAAACUAACGACGAAACUUAAAGCUAAAACUUAAAAGUAGAGCUUAAGACUAAGCCUUAAAACUAGGACUUAAAACCACUUGUUCCAAGUCAGACAAUGCAUCUUUGUAUAAAAAGUACACACUAUGAACUAAGCCUAAAUAUAUUUAUCUUAAAAUUAAUUAAAAACAAAACACACACAUCCCAUGAUAUCUCUGCGAUUUUCAUGGCGAAUGCUACCAAUUUACUAAGGUAUUUAAGCUAGCUAAUCAUACAAAGGAUGCAUAGAUUUACCGAAGUAAUACAAUAGCAUUGUUGAUUACAGAAACAAGAUCGCACUGCACAACGUCCGUUUGACAUUUUUCUGACUUUUUUUUUUUAGUAUCCUUUGGUUUAUACCUAAGAUUUCAGGGUGGCAAUCUUGUUGGCGAAUAGUGCAAUCAGUGACCACGAGAGUACCUUAUCCCUACGAUAGUGUACAUGGAUUUACAAUAAUACAAGUAUUGAUGUAAAAAUGUAAUAAGUUCAAAAAUGGUUGAUAAUAACUCACCUCCAACUAAUCUUUGGGAUACACUAUCCAGCGCAACUACAUUUGACAGAGGUAACAAUGCAAAUUCAACACUAUGUUUGGACAAUGAAAGUAAUCUGAACAAUAGGCAAAUUGUGAGCAUAGUUAGAACUUCCAGCAGUCUUUUAAUUGCAUCACUCAUACAGCAAUUGUGUAUACUAUUUGAAGAUGAUUCAGUACGCAGAAAUAAAUUGUAUUUUGCUAUUUGUGAUAGACUUCACAAAUUGGAACUAAUUGAUGAUUCCUACAAUAUGAUGGAAUUCGAACCAUUAAGAAAUCAAUAUCAACAAGCACUGUAUCACUUGUUUACAGUUACACGUGCAGCAGCCGGUUGUGAAAAUUCACUUCAGAUUUCAAGUUUAUGUAGACCAUCAAUGACAGAAUGGUCCCGGUAUCAUAGAGAGUUUCAAGAAAUAAGUUUUAUCGCUGCUGGAGGAUUUGGUUAUGUUUUUAAAGCUUUACAUCGUCUUGAUGGUAUUGAAUAUGCCAUUAAGAAGAUAACAGUUCGUUCUGAUCGAGUUAAAAAUAUAAUGCAGCAUCUUGAAGAAGUGAAAACUCUUGCCAAAUUAAAUCAUACCAAUAUAGUUUCAUAUAAAGGUGCAUGGAUUGAACCAAUGUUGCCUUCAAGGCAGCAUUUAGUAUCCUUAAGUCAUUUGCAAAGCAAAUUAGAUUCUAUUGAACAUAACAAAACAAAUGAAUAUAGAUCGUGGAUAAAUCAGACUUCCAGUUCACGAAGUCAACAAAAUUUGGAUACUGGGAGUAGUGAAAGUCCAAAAGAAAAUGACAAACAGGACAUGUUGUCACAACAUAGUAAAUGGACAAAUUAUAACUCUGAAAAUGUUAAGAAGGAUGAGGAGAGAACUAAUUCAAACAGUAUAUCUUUUAGGAACGAUAGCGAACAUCAAAAUAAUAAAACAGAAAAUAAUACAAAUUAUACUGAUGGCAGUAAUUCAUAUGAAGAAUCCAGUAAAAAUAAGAUGCUUUUACCAUAUAUACCUCAAACAAAUAAAUAUACAACAUUGUAUAUUCAAAUGGCUCUUUGUGAAAAAACGCUUCAACAGUGGCUUGACGAAAGGAUAGAGGUAACGCCACAAGAAAUGCUCAUUGCAAUAUUAACACAAACUCUUCAUGGUUUAGACUACAUACAUUCUCGUGGAAUUGUGCAUCAUGACAUAAAGCCAAGCAAUAUAUUUAUUUCAACGUCAGGGCAGCUACAAAUACAGUUAGGAGAUUUUGGAUUAGCUUGUCCAUUACGAAGUGAAAAUCACCAUUCCAUAAUAGGAACACAAAUGUAUGCAGCGCCAGAGCAACUACAAGGAAAAUGUGAUCCUAAAAGUGACAUAUAUAGUUUAGGAAUAGUACUUUUAGAGCUGAUAGUGCAUACAAGAACUCAGAUGGAAAGAAUUGAAAUAAUUAAUAGUUUGAAAAUGGGACAUAUACCAACAACAUUAGCUGCUACUCAUCUUAAGUGGGCGCAUAUAGUAAGCCAAUUAGUUCAAGAUGAGCCCGAGAAUCGGCCAUCAACGAAUCAAUUGUUACAAGACUUAAACGAAGAUAAAGAUAUGAUGAUAGCGCGUUUAAAGAUUGACAUUGCUAAAAAAGACGAUGUAAUACAAAAAUUACAGGAAAGGAUAUUAAUAUUAGAAGAACAGAUGGUUAAACAUAGUACAUCGUUGCAAGAUAUAUAAACCUUUGUAUUAUUAGACUGAAAGAUAGCGAGUUUUUUUUUU